AUGUUGGGGGUUCCAAGUCUGUUUCAGACACCCGGUGGUCCCCACCCCAUGGCUCUUGGCUUUGUCGUGGCAGUGCCCAAUUCUAAGGGUGCAGAGUUUUUGGCAGAAGGCUCAAAUUGGACUCCGGUACCGGCCUGCCAAUCUGAUAGUCCCGAAUUAUCUCGCUUCCUGGAGCUGCUGCAGCCCGAGCCCUCGUGGCGAAGAGGGCAUCUGUUCGCGCUGCAUCUGCGCUGGAUGGCCUUAAAGGUCUCAACAAAACCUGUUUUCUCUUCCCCCAGGAAGCAGCGAGAGAUGGCAGAGAAUAGAGACCGCCUCCUGGAGCUGCUGCAGCCCGAGCCGUCGUGGCGAAGAGGGCAUCUGUUCGCGCAGUACCUGCGCUGGAUGGCCUUCAUGGGCGCACACUCGGGGCCAAGGCCGCGCCGUGUCUCCUCUAUGCAGUGGGCGAUGCGAGCUCUCAUAGGCUUUCUUCAUGCGUUAACGAUCUAUUUUUUGCUGGGAGAAUGGUUGGAGUUGUUUCUUAACAGCAAAGACAUCAAUGAUUACAUCUCCAAGGCGGGUGUAUGCCUCACGUCUACUUGCGCUGCGUACGUGGUUGCCGCAAUGAUGAAUGUGGGCGUGCCUACCAUUGGCUCAAUGGUCACUUUGAGGCCACCUGUUCGCUUCUGGCAUCCUAUUGACGUCUACUCAGGUACCCCAAACCUGAUCGUUCUCAUCUUGGUGAACGCGACGGGUGCCUUUUGGGGCUUCAACAUGGCAGCCUUCUCCGCCACGUUCGUGAAGCUGGUGCUGACGCUGUGCGCGCAGCUGGACGAGCUGUCUAAGCGGCUGCUGCGCGUCGGCGCCGACGGCGAGGAGGAGGGGGAGGGGGGCGAGUGGCUGCAGGAGAGAGCAGAGGGCCAGCCGAGCGGUCGCAUGGCGCAGGAGGUGGCAGAGGUCGCUCGUAGGCACCAGGAGCUGCUGCGAUUUCUUCUCCACGGCAUUCCUCUUAAGCGUUCAAGUAUUGCAGAUGAUUGUGUAUUGUUGGUUCGGAGAGAUGCUAUCGGAAAAAGCGAGCGGCGUGGGCGAAGCGGCGUACGCCAGCGCCUGGUACAACGGGAACGCCAGUGCACGGCGCUCUCUUCUGCUGGUGCUGAGACAGGGCCAGCGCGGCUUCGUGCUUCACAACGCGGCUUUCAUCCCGUCACGCGCUGGCGCACGCUCCCAGCAUGGUAUAAUGAUCAUGCGCCUCGCUUCAACCUCCCCUACAGUCAAGCUCUUACAUUGACCGAUAUUGACGCGCACCAUUCCGAAACAACAGCUGAAGGGAGAAUAAGGAAACCAUUUAAUCACUGGGCUGCGUCAGGGGCGUGGCACUUGUCGCGCGAGCUAUGCAGGUACAAAGAGCCGAUAGCUUCAUGGUUGCAUCUUCUUCCUCAUGACGUCAUCAUCGGCACCUUCAGUUCUGUAACCCCACAAGGCUUGCGGCCAAGGACCACGCAGCCUCGUCGACACCGGAGCUCUCCAAGCAUCAAAGAGAUGUUGGAUAAGCUUGACUACUAUAUAACGUCCUUGAGAAAGCCUUUGGAAUGUGAUUCAGAAACAGAGUUUGCGAAUAUGAAGACUAUAGACCGUUAUAUGAAAUGGUAUGUUGCGGGAACCCUCAUCAACUGCUUUGUUCCAAGUAUUGGUUCGUUGAUUCUCAUGAAGCCACCUGUAAAUUACUGGCAUCCUAUUGACAUGUCCUCUGGAGUCCGCAAUGCAAUUGUGGUGGUCGGAUCGACCUUGGCCACGUACUUCUGGGCAUUCAGCAUGGCAGUGUUCCAAACUAUCUUCAUAAAACUGGUGCUGACACUGUGCGCUGAAUUAGAAAAUCUGUCGAUGACGUUGGAGGAGAUCGGACACGACGAGAGGCUGGGCGAGGGUGAGAGCGAGUACAGCGAACGAAUGAAGAGGGAAAUUGGAGAAGCUGCUAGGAGACACCAGAUGCUGCUGGAGUGA